UGAAGUCCAAUUGUUUUUAUUUAUCAUAGAAUAAAUUUCCGCGAAACGUUUGCAUUUUUUUUUAAUUUUUUAACCAGCUUUUUAGUAGAGUAUAUUUUAAAGAGCAAUGUCGGAACGAAAGGUUUUAAAUAAAUACUAUCCCCCGGAUUUUGAUCCAUCAAAAAUACCUCGCAUGAAAUUGGCCAAGAACCGACAGUAUACAGUACGUUUGAUGGCUCCAUUCAAUAUGAGGUGUAAAACAUGUGGAGAAUACAUUUAUAAGGGUAAAAAAUUUAAUGCUCGUAAGGAGGAUGUUGAAAAUGAGACGUAUUUGGGAAUACGGAUUUACCGUUUUUACAUAAAGUGCACACGUUGCCUACAGGAAAUUUCAUUUAAAACUGACCCUCAAAAUACGGAUUAUGAAAUUGAGGCUGGUGCUACUAGGAACUUUAUGGCAUUGAAAAUGGCAGAAGAACAAGCCCGCCGAGAAGAGGAUGAGUUACGUGAAGAGGAAGCCAAUAAUCCCAUGAAACUAUUAGAGAAUCGAACACAGCAGUCGAGAAAUGAAAUUGAAAUGCUUGAGUCAUUAGAGGAACUGAGGGACUUGAAUCGACGUCAACAUACUGUCGACUAUGAUACCAUGUUACAGCAAUACAAUAGUAAAGAAACGGAAAGAGAACGCCUUGAAAGACAAGAACGGGAAGAUGAAGAAUACGUGAAAUCAAUACAAUUCAAACAGAAUUCAAGUAAGAAAAUCAUUGCUGAGGAAAUAAUCGAAGAAAUAAAGGAUGAAAUAUUUGUAGAACCAAAACCAGCCAAACAAGUUAAAACAAAUGAAGAUAGUAUUGUGGGGACCAGCAAAGCAUCAACGAUUUCAACAGGAGCUCAACAAAAAAACAAAAUGUUAAAUAAUUUAGUGAAGCGUAAACAACCUCUUGUUGUAGUGAAGCCAAAAGCAAAUGAAUGUAUAAAAUCCAGCACAUCAAAUGAAAUAAAGUCUAAUAAUAGUGACAAUUUAACCGCCUCGAAAGGUAGUGGUGGUUCUACCGUUGGCAGUUUAUCAAUGUUAGCGGCAUAUUCUGACAGCUCUGAAGAUUCAGGUUAACAUAAGAGUGUACUUAAAUUUAUAUUUAUACCUGCAUAUUAGUUGAAUUGACCAAAUAAAAAACAAACAUUUUUUAUAUCUGCUACAUUA